CGGGUCAUGGGUCAACAAGUUUGGACCCGUGCAGGUCACGGGACGGGGCGAGUCUGGGUCUUACAGUACCCGCCCCGACCCAUUGCCAUGCCUAGUCUUGGGACCAUCAGAAGACCAGUUUUCAGUCUUUGGUAUAGACCAGAACCGGUUCCCCGGUCCCGGGUGCCCAAGAAUGCCCAAAUUCGCUGGUCCCGAUAUGAUCCCUAACUGCUAUUUAGCUUAUUUUUUAUUCUUUCUUCCUGUUUUCCUAUUGGUUGGUCACCCAACGGCUCUUAUGAAGGAAUCCAACACCAUAGAGGCUGUAGUGGCUUAAUAGUGCAGGAAUCAAGAUACAAAAUCAAACUCUCAUUCUUUUCUCAAUCCACGUAUCUUGUUUGGACAACCAUGGGAGAUUGAUUGGGAGUACGGUACAACCACAAUUCAUUGUAGUCAUCCAUAAAAUGAACAAAAAUUACACUUCUCAGAUUACACAUAUUGGUGAAGGAUGAAGAAGGAAGUCAUCCAUUUAAAGUCACACCACAUCACUUAGAGGGGGAGUCUGAAAGACUUAAACAGAGUGCAGAGAUUGUACAAGCCAACACCGUUGAUUGUUUACUAGCUAUGAAGAAGCGGUGGAGGAGUCUUUGUGGUUGUGUGAUCUUGCCGGUGGGAGAGUUUCUUCAUCGCUGGAUAGGUGUGGUCCCGGCCACAUGAAGGGGUAAAGUUUUGUCCCAUAUUUGCUUUCCUUUGAUAUUAACCAAGAUUAGGGGCAAGAUUAGAGUCACUCCUUUAGCCUAGAGUUCUCCUUAAUAUGAAGCCCUUUUUCCAUGGGUAAUUGGUCGCGUUUGUUUGCAGCUAUUCCUGUCUGACUGGCCGGUGAUUCAAAGGCUCAAAGCAGUACUGCAGAUCAAUUAUCCAGUGUAUUAUACCAUACAAUUCUAUGAAAAUUAGGUGCCUCAAUCUUUCACUAAAUGUUGUUAAAUUACUUUUAGUUCAUCCACCCUUCAAGAAGUCAGUUAGAAAGGGUUAAGGGUCAUAUUACAAAUUAGAUACGCACUUGUACCAACUCAUAAUAGUUGUACCAAAAAUCCAAGUAUAUAUAGCAGCAAUCUCCA